AUGACUGUUUCCAAUUUAUCGCCGAAAUUGACAAGAGAUGCCUCGCUCGGUGGCCCCUCUUUCCGCAAUGUGUCAGCUUGUAAAAGAUGUCGAUUGCGAAAGCACAGAUGUGAUCAAUCUCUCCCCCGAUGCAAGCCUUGUGAGAAAUCCCAAUCUCGAUGCGUUGGCUAUGAUCCAAUCAGCAAACGAGAGGUUCCACGGAGUUACGUUUAUUAUCUUGAGAAUCGACUGAAGUACCUUGAUUCGCUCCUCUUUCGUCACAAAAUUCCCCUCAACCCGGGUAUCGAACUUGAAGAUCCUGAUAUUCCAUGCAAAGAACAGCGCGAUUUAUCUUGUUCCAACGAGGAGUAUGAUCGAUCUAAAAAUACCACUUCGCCAAAAGUUAGGCAAGAUGAAUGCGAUUCUCAAUACUCAGAGCAAGAUGAUAUCUUUCUUGGGAGCGUAGAGUCUCUGACAAUUUCUACAAAUGACCCAUGCUUCCGUGGUACUACAAAUUUCAGAGUCCUCUCUGCAACUGGAAUUGAGAAAGUUCUAUCUGGAGCGACGGUACGACAUGUGAUGACGAAGGAGAGUCGAGGUGCCAGAAAUGAAGACACCGGGUCUGUUCGCACCUCAUUAUAUGACCUUUUAUUUGAUGGCCCAAAGGCAGAAUCAUUGGAGCUCCCUCGCCAAAGAGAGGAAGCUGAAGAGUUGACAAGACUCUACUUUGAGCACAUAAAUCCAUAUACACCUGUUUUGCGCCGUGACGACUUUCAGAAAAUCCUGGAUGACUUAUAUUUGGUUCCUAAAGGGGUUGUUUGUUCCCUGAAGUUGUAUACUGCCUUUAUGGUUUUUGCGAUUGGAGCUGAAAAGAAAAAUCUAUCCAUUAUAAAAGAUGAGGAUGCAAAUAACCACGUGUCGCCAAAAGAGGACUCACCCCAUGUCUUAAAUGCACCGGAGCUGUAUAGGUCAUCUGCAAUGGUCCACCUUGAAUCAUACCUUUCCAUUUCUCGACCUUUAGAUUACCCGAGAAAACUCGAGGAAUUGCAAGCACUGAUUUUACUCUCCCUGUGCACGCUACUCAGACCCGCAACUCCUUCAUUGGAAAGACUGGUCCAUGUAGCUAUGCGUUCCGCUACGGAUUUACGCCUUUACUCCGAUUAUAACUUCGCAUCGAGGUCUGGAGGGCAUGAUUCUGACCCGGAAGAGCCUAGAUACAAUUCCUUCGGUGGCAACGACAUUGUGGAUCUGCGUCGUCGUUUAUGGUGGUCUAUAUAUAGUUUGGAACGUCUUUCUGCUCCCUACUUAGGUCGCCCAUUCUUCAUUCCAGAUGAAGUCGUGACUACUCAAUACCCAUCCACAGCCGACGAUUCCCCUCUCAAUGGGAAUGAGCCUCUCAAUUUGAACUUGAAGAUCUCUCAGAAUUUGCCAAGCUACAGAUAUGCAACACAUCAUGUUAUGAAACUGAGGACUUUGCAGUCUGAAAUCCACCGCAUGAUCCAAUGUCAGCAUUCCUGCUCCACUGGUACCGAUCACUCAUUUCAAUCGUCUCUCGAGACGUCUCGAUCCCUUGCUAGAUGCGGCAAAUUUAUUAGCUGGCGGCGAGAUAUGACUACAAAACUCGAUAGAUGGAGACUGAAUAUCCCAAGGUCAUCUCAAACUUGCCUUAAUGGAUGCGAAUAUAUGAUGGAGUUGGAGUAUUGGCAAAAUAUCAUCACAUUAUAUCGUCAAAAUGUGUUGAUUCCCGAGGACAUUGUCGAGGAUCAUUCCAUUGAUCCUCAUCCUUGCCAAUGUUUGAAUGAGUCCCGCGAAUCGGAGUUGACAGAAAGCUACUUCAAACUGGUGAAAGCAUGUCAAAGAGUUAUCCAACUCUACCGUGAGAUGCGGUUUCUUGGCUUGAACAACAUUUCGUAUUUGUCGACGAACUGGAUAUUUAUUGCAGGUGAGCAGAAGUCUCACUACAAUUACAUUUUGCGCAGUCUAAUUCGCAGAUAUCAGGUAGUUUUUUUCUUUGCUCAUUCUGGAGUUCCGUUCAGGUGGCCCAAGGAAUGGUAUGUGUUUUGCUAG